CAAAUACAUAAGAAAAUGAACCAAUCAAUUUCCUUAUGCAUUCGUUUAUGCGGCUAUGCAAAUUUGUGUGGAUAUAGCUUAACCGUGUAUUGUAAAGACAAAGAAGGGAAGUUUGUAGACGUUAUUACAUCAAGUUGAACAAAAAAAAAAUGAAGAAGUCAAGUCCUGAUAAUGCAAAUGAUGCUUCAAUACCUAAUGAAAACGAAGAACUUGCACCAAUUGACAUCACUAUGAAACUAGAUUUAUUAGAAAAUCCAAUAAAGCCUCCAAUAGUAAUAUAUAAACAUACAAAUCACUGGGACAAAUUAAAAAUGGGAUUAGAGCCAGCUGAUCAACAAAUUGUGGACAGAUUACGAAAGUUAAAAGAUGAGGAACGGAACAUUUCAUUGCCUACAGUUGAGGAGAUAAAGCAAAGAUUGGCAUUAUUGAAGGAUCAAAAUCCAGAAACCAGUGGAAGUAACAUUAUAAAUGUGUAUCAAAUAGAUACUAGAACAGAUCAAGAGAAGGCAGAAGAUUUAAUUCAGGAGUAUCUUGCGCCAAUAGAGCUGCCUUCAACUAGCGAUCUUUGUGAAGAUAUCGAGAUGGUCGACUCCUUACAAAAUGACGACAAUAAAUCUUAUUUUGAUCAACACAUGAAGCAAGAUAUUGACAUAUACAAGAAGUUAUGUAAUACAACAAGCAGCGAUAGUACAGAGCUAAUUAACAAAAUAUCAGCAAUGGAAAUAAAGACUCCUCGAAAUGUAGAAGAGGAUAAUGAAGAUGAAGAUGAGAAUGAAAAUGAAUGUGUCAUGUGCUCGCGAACUGCAAAUGACUCAGAUUUAUAUAAAUGCGCAGGAUGUACAGAUGACCUCUACUGUCUUUCAUGUUUCAAGGAUUUUCACGAUGAAGGUCGAACUAGCCUAUCGAACAACCGCGAGCAAAUGCCAAGGAAGAGGCCAACCGACAUCUACCACGCUCGAGUUGUCGAUCGGCGAGAAUUACCGAAUACCGACGUAACAAUACGAGUGUUUUAUAUAUAAACGCAAUUGGCAACUUUCCGUUCCAUCCUGCUCCUAAGAUCAAUCCGCACCCGUUCUCUCUGAUUUCGAUUUUUUUUACCGCUUCAGUAGGUCAACUCUCGACAGUUGGCUGCAGCCACAAUCGCUCCGGUAUCCGCACCGACUUUUAACAUUAAAAAGGGGAUUAUAGAGUUCUCUCUGUCUAAACAAUACUUGUUCUAAACAAUACUUGCGAACGUUUCCUCAUUGCAUCGUGGAAAUGCAAGAAAGAAUACCGCGCCAUGAUUGCGAUUUACCGCUGGUGUGUAUCCGUGAACUCCGUGUACCAUCAAAAUACUGUCCGCGACCAGCAUCGCCUUUAUACCGCAACACAAUAAACACGCGCGGUUUAAAGAGCCGACCGCUCGCUAAUGCAAACACGUGCACCACGCA